GAAAUAUCAGUAGGGCAAAUAUGUAAAUAAAGCAAAGCAUCAAGGGCAAUUCCGAUGAAAUUACUCAUAUAAAUACCGAAAUAUCUGCCCUCUUCCACCUCUCUCGCAUCUUCCGGUGAAGGAGUGAAGGUUUGCAUCAUGGAGAGUAUUCACAGCUUUUGGCAGUUGGGUGAUGAGCUCCGAGGACAGUCAAAAGUCUCAGAGGAUCACAAAUGGUUGGUGGCUGCUUCAAAAUUGGCUGAGCAGACAAGGCCAAAGGCUGAGCAUAGGAUUAACCUUGAUCUCUCAAAGGGUUCUGCUGAAGUGAGACCAAGGGACAAUUAUGGAUUUCAGGAAGACAACAAGUUUGAAAGUUUUAAUUUCAACAUGUUAAACUUGGAAAGCAAGAUGAAUGAGAACAUAACAAAAAAUUCCCCUAGAAAUGUCAUUUACAAUAUGAACCCGAUUUAUCAGAAUCCCAAUGCCAGCUUCGCGGGAAAUGUAACUGGAGGCAAGUAUAGCAGUAUCAGCAACAGCAAGGAGCAUAACAACAACAAUAGCAGCAAUAAUAGUAACAGCAAGGAGGACAGCGCAAAUGCAAGCAAUGCUGUUGACAAAAGGUUUAAGACCUUGCCUGCAGCCGAGAUGCUCCCCAGGAGUGAGGUCCUUGGUGGAUACAUCUUUGUCUGCAACAAUGAUACAAUGCAGGAGGAUUUGAAGAGACAACUCUUCGGUUUGCCACCAAGAUAUAGAGACUCCGUGAGGGCAAUAACACCUGGUUUACCUCUGUUCCUCUACAAUUACACCACUCACCAGUUGCAUGGUAUUUUUGAGGCAGCAAGUUUUGGGGGUACCAACAUUGAUCCUACUGCUUGGGAAGAUAAAAAAUGCAAAGGUGAAUCAAGGUUCCCUGCCCAGGUAAGAAUUCGUGUGAGGAAAAUUUGCAAGCCUCUUGAGGAAGAUGCUUUUAGGCCAGUUUUGCAUCAUUAUGAUGGUCCUAAGUUCCGACUUGAGCUCUCUGUACCUGAGACUUUGGACUUGCUAGAUCUUUGUGAACAAACCGGUGCAUAAAAUGUUGUGCAUUUUAAUCCCAGCUCAGCAUAAGCAAUUAUAUAGCGUAAGUCUAUGCUGUAGUCUUGGUGGAGUAUGGAUGUGGAUUUUCACAGAUUUUCCUUGGAGCGCAAGCUUGGGAGCAAAUCUGGUUGUGAGAUAUUCUCGAGAGUUAGGAUUGGCUUGUGUGUAAUAGAAUAAAUGUAAUCUGUUUCUGUGAAGAUGCAAGUAGCUUCACGAUAUUUACCUUGUAAUCUUAUAGACAACUUGUGAGAAACAUGGAGGCUCUGUCAUAAUAUGAACAGAUGUAUUUUCAUAUUGUCCAAAGGGCUUCAACAACUUGUGCA